AGGAAGUGAUGUCACCAGUUAUAAAAUAAGGUUCUGCACGCAUCAGAGGAGGCGCAACUUGAGGCUGUUGACAAACGUGAGUGAGACAGAAACUUGGAGGAUCUUUCCAGUCGGAACCGCUCGCCAGUCAUGCUGAAAGCCGUCGGACAAGUUUUAUUCUCAACAGGUCUGCAAAGUCCCAAAUUCUCAGCAGAGGAGAAAAAGCAGGGACAGGACUAUGAAAUCCGAACCUACCAUGCUGCAAAGUGGGUGAGCACCUCCUUGAGUGGGAUGCAUUGUGACGAAAACAUAAAGACUGGCUUCCGCAGGCUCUUCAGCUACAUUCAAGGCAACAAUCAGAGCAAGGUGAAAGUGGAGAUGACGGCCCCCGUGACGUGCCGUGUGAUGCCCGGAGACGGCCCUGCAUGCGAGUCUCAUUUCACCAUUUCCUUCUACAUGCCAGAACAGCAUCAAGACAACCCUCCUGAGCCGAGCGACUCAGACGUGUUCGUGGAGCAGAGGAAGGAGCUCACGGUGUACGUCAGGACCUACAGUGGUUUUGCCAAUGACACUAUGAGGCGAGAAGAACUAUUGAAGCUUGUGGAAAGCCUGAAAAGGGAUGGCGUUGAAUUUGUAGAUAAGCCGUACUACACAGCCGGGUACGACAGCCCCUUCAAACUGACCAACCGCAGGAACGAGGUCUGGCUCCUCAAGAAGGCGGAGGACCAGUAGAUGCUACUGCCCAACCACCUGCAGCCUCAAAAUACUGACGUGUAGCAAUCAUUGUUUAAACAGGAUUACUUAAUUAACCCCAGUGUUUUACAUAGAUCUUUAAUCAAAAGAAAGGGAAAGAAUUAUAUUUUUUAACGUCUUCUUAAAUACAUGCAGCUGGAUUAACUGAGGGACUAAAAACAACAACCAGAUAAUAAAAAAUACCUCUUACUCUCCUCCCCCUUAGGUUUUGUAUUGAUUUUAAAGUCCAACUGUUCAACUUCAAAGCCUAAAUUGGCCGUGACCCUAAAUACAUGUUAGGCCCGUUUAUUAUACAAAGAGACAGGAAAAAACAGCAAAACAAGAAUAUCUGCUGUCUGGGGGGGAAGAGUUGACCAUCUUAAAUGGCCAUCAAGGGAGGUUCUACUUCAUCCCUGCUGACCGCCAGAGGCGCUGCUUCAAGCACUGAAUAUUCCCCUUCGCGCAGUUCGAGUAUGUACCAGCAACGUCACCUGUGACCCCUGGAUGACCCGGAGAAGUCGAUAUCUUCCGGCGUCCUCAGAGAAUCGGUUCCUUUUCAUCUUCUCGCGCGCAGGUUUACUUUGGAAGCGUUGAGCGCAUUUCAACAAAUCUGACUUGUAGUUCGUCGCUGGUAGUUCCGUGACCGAUGGUGCCGAACACAUCAAUGUGCUGGAGCUGCCUGCAGUGCGCCUGGCGCUACAGCAUUUCCUGCCACCUUCUGGCCGGGCAGGACUUGGUUCCCUCUGCUGCACAGGCUCUGCCGCGGCGCACCGUGGUGCCUCCCCGGCAGGAGAGAUCUCCUAUCCCGGCUAGGGGGUCGGAUCUGGCAUCCCAACCCCCAACGCCUCCAACUGUGUGUGUGGCUGCUGGAGGGCCCGGACCGCUGUUGAGCAGUUGUGUGGACCAUGUUAGGUGU